UCUCCUCCUUCCUCUUCAACGAACAUAAUCAAAUUUCCUCGAUUAGUGGUUUCCUUUUGCAGAUUUGCUCGGUUGAAUCAAAGAGCGUCGAGUGAUCUUCUUCUUCUUCCAAUACUUGUGACAUGGAGGAAACUGGUGGUAUUUGGGGAGAAAUUGAACGUUCUGAGAGCUACCUCGUAUGCUCCAUGUACGAAGAGGCAGAGUCAUUAUCUUCCACCGUACUGAAGAGAAUCUUCGGAAACGUUGAUGCUUUAUCCGAGGAAGCUCAUCAUGGUGAUUAUCAAUUUUACGACGUGUUGGAAUCUGCUGGCAUGGUUCUAGUCCAAUCCUUGCAUGGACUCGGCAGGGCAGGUGAGAUUGUAAGUGAGCUAAGACUAGUGUUUGGCGAAGUUGGGGCUAUUCCUGUUCAAGUUCUUCUCACUGGAAUAUGCCUUCAAAUAUCAAACGGUUCCUACUCUGGUGUACGUGAGGUUCUGGAAGAGUUCUUUAGCAUAUGGGUUUACAAGGACGACCACUACAUCCUAAGCGAUGCUGCAUCGAGUGAAAAAGUGUUCCACGGGAAAAUAUCGUUGGAUACUGAUGAGUACGUGGAAGUUGUGGAGCUGUAUACCUUUGGAGUUCUUGGAAAAGAUACAAACGACGUGGGUUUAGCCAUUUCUUGGGUUGAGCAAGCUGCUUUACCUGAGGAAAGACGACAGGGACUUUUGAGAAGAUUGCAUUCUCUGCAAUCAGCAAACGUUCGAGAGGCUACUUCUUUAGAGGAAAAUCCUUCUUACGAUGUAGUGAAUAAAAGCAACAAGUCUUUGGCCAAUGAAAAGAACGUUGAGAUUGAUUCUAUUCUGAAACUCUCUAAACAACAUGAACCUUGGUCAUCCCGUCCUCUACACCUAAGGCUCGGUAAUACCCAAUUUAGCAUUUCCAGGGGGAAACUUGCCAUAAGCCUUGUUGGAUUAGUCAUAUGCUAUGCUUUGAAGAGAAAACGAGCUGCUUUAAUACGGAUCAUUCGCAGACAAAUGGAGUCCACGAGAAAAGCAAUUGUAGAUUUCUGGAAGCUUGCGUUUUCAUACCAAGUGAAUCCUCUUGCAGCUAUUCAAUCCAUACCAAGCACUACAACUUGAGCUUAGCUCCCACAGUCAUAGAAGAUGGAUCAGAGACCUGAUUUUUGAAUCGAAAUAAAGCUCCAUCCUUUUGAUUCCCUACUCGAGCUUCAUUACACUCUAUACUUAUAGUUACUCAAAAAGUAUGUUGUAUAAUCAGAUCAUACUUGUGUUAAAUAUAUCAUUCUAUGUCACUGGCCUAUGUAUUGGAGCUGAAGAUAAUACCAGAGUGGUAGUCCCAAAUAUUUUUU